AUGGCCCUCAGCAGAGCCCAGGUGCGCGAUGCUUGGACGAGCAUCGGGUUCACGCGCGACUUCCGGCAUCUGCAGCCCGUCCCGCGCUGGUGGACACAGCGUCAGGGCUGGUUCGAACCGAAGACCCACGUCGUCAAGCCGAAGGACAGAAUAAAGUACUGGAACAUCGUCCCUGGGGACCAGGUGCGCCUGCGCGGCGACCCGACGGGCACUGUCUAUGAGGUCAACAUGAUCAAUCGGCUGAGCAACCGGGUGAUGUUGAAGACGGAGCAGGACAAGGUGCGUCCGGAGGAACAGAUGAAGCGCGGGAAGAACGUCCCGUACGCAAAGUGCCAGCUGUUCAUCGGGAAGUUCGAGUUCCCGCCGAAGGAGGGCUCGGCGGAGCCGCAGACCGUCUUUGCGACGCGCCUUUCUACGUCAUCGCCGUCCUGGGCGAAAUCAACAUACAGAUACGAGUGGAGUCGAUUCGCGGUCAACACUGUGCCGCGACUACCACACCUUGCGGGCGGGGAAAAGGACCGAAUACACAUUUCGUGGCCAAAGAGGGAUAAGCCCCCCGUACCAGAGCCCGGACCGUACGACACGAGAGAAGAUGCCGUAUUAGAGAUCACUUACACACCUCCGGCUCUGCCUACUUACAUCCACUUCAGAGAGCCCGCUCCCCGAGCGCCAACCGAAGAUGAAUACUUCAAUGCGGUCAGCAAGCCGAACUCUGACUCUUACGAUGCGUCGCAGCCUUUCGAGGUGUUUUUGUCAAAAGAACUGGCCAACCCCCACUCACGAGCGAAGAAGCAAGCGCGCUGGCAGGCACACCAGGAGUACAAACGCGCGAUGCUGAAUGACAUGAUCGCCGCUGAGCUGAAGGACCUGCAAGGGCGAUCACGGCGUGAGGCGCGAGCGGAGGCGAUGUGGAAGUGGCGGCACACGCUGGAGGAGGAGCGGAAGGGUGAGCAGAAGCGGAGAUGGAAGAACCGGGGUGCAGAGGCGAGGCUGGGACACAAGAAAAUCCGCAAGGCGCGCAAGGACGAGAAGAAACGGGAGCGUCUGCGGAACCUGGUGCUGCCAGAGGCGCCGAAUCAGGCCAUCCCUGGUGCGGAGAGCCGUGCGGCAUGA